GCAGUGACGUAGUGACGUAAUUGAUGAUGGCGGCGCUCUUAUCCUUGCUGCGGAGCUCCAGGACAGGCUUGCUGGUGCCCUGUCAGUCAUCACUUCUGGACUCUGUGAGAUUUGCUUCGAAGAAGACUGGUGGUUCCACUCGGAACAGCACUGGAAGACGCGCUGGACGCAGAUACGGCUUCAAGAAACAGGAUGGAAACUUUGUCCACGCUGGGAACAUCCUCGCCACACAGCGGAUAAUGAGGUAUCACCCAGGAGCUCACGUUGGGAUGGGCACCAAUAAGACACUGUUCGCCCUGGAAGAUGGUCACGUGCGCUUUACCAAGGAGGUCUACAUCCCACCUCCUUACAGCCCAGAGGUUAAUGACGUCAUCGUCAAGCUGCCAAAGGGCGCCGUCCUCUACAAGACCUUCAUUAAUGUUUUGCCAGUUAAACAGGAGGGCAAAUUCAAACUGGUGGACAUGGUCUGAGGCAGACCGAUGAGGUGAACUCAUAAGGAUUAGUUUUUGGAGAACUGAGAUUCCUCAGGUAGUUUCAGGAAUCGUGACCCCGACUCCAUUCCCCGUCUCAGCCCAAAGUAAUAAAAAAAAAAAAAAAAAAAAAAAAUUAUUCUCAUCAUGUGACUUAUGUCUGAUUAGUCUGGUUAGUCAGUUUUUUGUUUCUUUAGCCUUAAUUGUAAAACAUUUGGGUUAUAUCCUAGAAGGAACUAUGCAAUUCCUCCACUAACCACUAGAUGUCAUAACAUCAACUCCAUUCAGUCUGUGCUCAUCUUUAAUUUAAUUUAAUCUAACCUUUAUUUAACCAGGUUACUCCCAUUGAGAUCAAGAUCUCUUUUGCAAGGGAGACCUCGGCAAUUAUAAAGUUUCCAGUCCUCC